CGGUCGCGAACGGAACACGUUUUCUGAACAUCUCAAAACAAAGUUCGGAAAAACGUGGAAGAACGUCAUUCAAAAUGAAUGCACCAGGGAAAAUUCAAAAAUUGGAUGAAGUCGUCGUAAACAGAAUCGCAGCAGGCGAAGUAAUCCAAAGACCAGCAAACGCAUUGAAAGAAUUAAUAGAGAACAGUCUCGACGCAAAAGCAACCAAUAUCCAAAUUAUUGCCAAAGAAGGUGGAUUAAAGUUAUUACAGAUACAAGACAAUGGGACAGGCAUCAGGAAAGAUGACAUGGAUAUUGUUUGCGAACGGUUCACAACGAGUAAAUUACAAACGUUUGAAGAUCUUAAGACAAUAGCAACGUUUGGAUUUCGUGGUGAAGCUUUGGCCAGUAUUAGCCACGUUGCUCUUUUGACAAUCACAACAAAAACAACCAAUGAAAAGUGCGCAUAUAAGGCAUCAUAUAUUGAUAGUAAACUAAAAGAUCUACCAAAACCAUGUGCUGGAAAUCAGGGUACUAUUAUAACGAUUGAGAAUUUAUUUUACAAUGUUGCUACACGAAGAAAGGCCCUAUCAAAUGUAAUAGAAGAGUUCAGCAAAAUUACAGAUGUGGUCACAAAAUAUGCAAUACAUAAUCCUACUGUAGGAUUUGUGUUGAAGAAACAUGGUGAUAUAACACCUCAGGUCCGUACUGCUCCUAAUUCCACAAAGAUGAACAAUGUAAGAGUGCUUUAUGGCAAUCCAGUCUUCAGAGAAUUAUUGGAAGUUGAACUCACAGACGAAGCUUACAAAUUCAAGAUGCAUGCUCUAAUAACAAAUCCAAAUUACACAAACAAAAGGAUGGUAUUUCUAUUGUUCAUAAAUAAUCGAUUGGUAGAUUCAUCCACAAUUCGUAAAAUGUUAGAAGAGCUUUAUACGUUUUAUCUUCCGAAAAAGACCCACCCAUGGUGUUAUAUAUCUUUGGAAAUUGAACCACAAAAUAUUGACGUCAAUGUACAUCCAACAAAACACGAAGUGAGAUUUCUUCACGAAAAUUCUAUAAUUGAAAGAAUCAAGUCUGCCCUGGAUGAGAAGUUAUCUGGAAACAGUGCUUCUAGAACAUUUUACGUGCAAGCGCGAUUGCCACAGGCAGAUAUUACUAAGGAAGUCUUAGAAGAAGUUUUGCCAGAGUACGAGCAGACACAGACAGAUAAAACAAAGAAAAUUCGUCCUAAAGAAAUGAUUAGAACCGAUUCGUCCGAUCAGAAAUUGGGUAGAUUUAAUUUUACUAUUCAUACAGCAAUGAAACAUGCUAAAAACGAUGAUAGUUCACAAUCUGAUAAAUCUAUAAACAAUUCUACACCUAGCCAAUUAAUAUCAACGCAAAAUGUAUUACAUGAAACAUUAAAUAGUAAAAGAGGAGACGAAGAUACGAAUAAUAGUGAUCAGCGGAAAAUAGACGAAAUACAAUGUUUAACACCGGAUCCGAAUGUUGUAGAUAAAUUGUCACAUGUUGAAAUAUCAAAUACACCAUGGAGUGAUAUGAUAGAUGAAACGAGUCCAUCUACAUCAUCGCAAUUAACAGUGAAUAAUACUUGUAAUAUAGUCUCAUCUACACUUGAUAACGAUAUGCAAGAUAUGAAUAUGCAAUAUGAAAAUUUGCAAGAUAUCUUUGAAAAUAUAAAUAAUGAAAGUGCCGCAAAUGAUUCCGUAGAAGAAAGAUGUAUUGAUGAAAUUGCAGAUAAAGCACGUAAACAGGUGUAUCAACGCUUUGGCAGCAAAAGUAACACGAUCGAGGAAAAUAAAUGCGUAGAAAAGUUUGACAAUAAAUCUAACGUAGAUACGAUAAAUUUACAUGAACCAAUGCAGAUUGAUAGCAAUAAGAACGAUGACGCUAAGAGUACACAAGAGUUUAAAUCUUAUUCGAUUAAUAAUUUUAGAAGGGAACUAAAACUAACGAGCAUCUUGAAGUUACGAAAAGAAGUAGAAAACGAGUGCCACGAAGGAUUAAGACAAAUUUUAUCGGACCUAACUUUUGUUGGUUGCAUAGAUGAAUCUUCGGCCCUCGUUCAAAGUGGAGUGAAUUUAUAUCUUUGCAACACAAAGAAAUUAGCGGAGGAGCUUUUUUAUGAAAUUAUGCUUUAUGACUUUGCAAACUAUGGAGUCAUUAGAUUCUCCGAUGAAAUCCCUUUAUACGAUUUAGCGCUUUUGGGAUUAGAUACUGAAGAGUCUGGAUGGACAGAAAAAGAUGGAGAUAAGAAAGAACUGGCUACAAACGCUAAAGAACUGUUAUUAGAAAAAGCAGACAUGUUGAAAGAAUAUUUCUCUAUUGUUAUAGACAAGAAAGGAAACUUGAAAUCUUUACCAGUAUUAAUAGAAAAAUAUUUUCCAUACGAAGCUGGCCUUCCAUUGUAUAUAUUACGUUUAGCUACCGAAGUCGAGUGGUCGGCAGAACAACCUUGUUUCAAAAAUGUUUGCAGAGAAACUGCAAGAUACUACAGUCAAAUGAAUCCUGUACACAAUAAUCACGACUGGAAGUACAUUACAGAACAUGUUUUAUAUCCCGUAAUUAAAGAAAGUUUACUUCCCCCAAAACAUUUUGUACAUGAUUCGACGAUAUUACAGAUAGCCAAUUUGCCUGACUUAUACAAAGUUUUUGAAAGAUGUUAGAUGUGCCUGAUAAUUUAGAUUUAUUUUAAGUGUUUGAAACCUGACUUACCGGACUAAAUUUUAGAUGGUUGUUUUCUGUUUGUGUGCACAUUAAACAUGUAAUUAAUACUAAAGUCUGUAUAACAAUAAUUUUUACCGUGACAAGUAAGAUGGUAAUAUUAAUUACAUUAUUUUUAAUAGC